AGGGCAAGCUGACUGAGAGGCGAUCCAGCGCUCAGCUCCUCUCUGCAGGCUGAGAAAAGAAACAGAGAGUGAAAGGCAACGAUUUUCAACGCAGGAGGAAACAAACGUGAGAUUUUUUUGACACGCCAAGAAGAUACAGAAUCAACACAGGAAGAUUUUCAUUUCCGGAUAUCAUUUAUUUAUACAUAUUGUUUAUAUAUCUAUAUAUAUAUUUGUACACACGCAGAUAUUUAUAUAUAAAUAUACAUUUAUCCUUGUACAUAUCGGUAUCUGUGCUCGUCUGUUUAUAUUAAUAUUUUUAUAUGUAUUUGUGUGUGUAAAUAUAUAUGAUAUAUAAACAAAAGAAUCUAUAUAUCUAUGAAUUUAUAUGCAUAUCACUGUGAACCAAGAGAAGGAAGAAGAAAUUUCUAUCAUCAGGGCUGGUCUCUGAUUGCGUGGUGGCAUACAAUAUCUUAAAUAUUUCCUUUGAUCUUCUACGUCAAGAGGACAAAGACUACGUGCCCAUUUUGUAUUUUUGUUUUCCUGUUGCUGCUUCCCAUCCGUCUCAGUUUUUGCUUUUUUUUUCUCUACAUCUACGAGGAAUAAAGCGGACAGCAGCCGGAUUUGUCCAAAAAAGAGAAAAAAAACACAAAAAAGGGAAAAUUUAUAAAAAAAAAUCUUGUGAUUGGUGUUAUUUCCUUCGGCAUUAGCACUCUGUGAGCCGAUCGCAGCGUGCCGUUUGAGAUCUGAGGAGGCAGCAGAGACCGAGUGCCACGCCGCUCAUCUCAGCGUCAGCGCAGCCAGCACAGCCAGCAUGCACAAACACCACCACUGCUGCAAGUGCCCAGAAUGUUAUGAGGUGACCCGUAUGGCAGCUCUGCGCAGGAUGGAUGCCCCGGCGUAUGGAGGAGACUGGCAGGCCGAGCCCUAUGGAUACCCACCUGGGUAUGGGGGAGGCCAGACCUUGCCUCCUCCAGCCUCAGGAGGGGGUGGAAGCAUGGGAGGAGGAGGAGGUGGAGGAGGAGGAGGUGGCACUUUAGGGAGAAGUAAGGGCAAGAUUAUGUCUGGUGGAGGCCCUGUGGGCCCCAACCCAAAGGGCCAGUCCAAGGGUGGCCCCAAAGUAAAUGGCAACAACUCCAGUGGACAAGGAGGAUGGUGGCCUGAGUGCACCUGCACCAACCGGGAGUGGUAUGACCAGGCAAACCCUCCCCCCAUCAUUGUCAACGCAGACUCACUAGAUGCAGGCCCUUAUGUAAAUGGGAGUGAUGGGAUGUAUAAAUAUGAGGAAAUCAUUUUAGAGAGGGGGAACUCUGGCCUGGGCUUUAGCAUUGCUGGAGGAAUAGACAAUCCCCACAUUCCUGAUGAUCCGGGGAUUUUCAUCACCAAGAUAAUCCCUGGAGGAGCAGCUGCUAUGGAUGGACGGCUGGGAGUUAACGACUGUGUGCUUCGUGUGAACGAUGUGGACGUCUCUGAGGUGGUUCACAGCCGAGCAGUAGAAGCCCUUAAGGAGGCGGGGCCUGUGGUGCGGCUGCUGGUCCGACGGAGGCAAGCACCCCCGGAGACCAUCCUGGAGGUUAACCUGCUGAAAGGCCCCAAAGGACUGGGAUUCAGUAUCGCUGGAGGAAUUGGGAACCAGCAUAUUCCUGGAGACAAUAGCAUUUAUAUUACCAAGAUCAUAGAAGGAGGAGCUGCCCAAAAAGAUGGACGACUGCAGACUGGAGACCGACUGCUAGCUGUGAACAACAUCGUGCUGCAGGAUGUGCGUCAUGAGGAGGCGGUAGCUGCGCUGAAGAACACCUCUGAUAUGGUUUACCUCAAGGUGGCCAAGCCAGGACCUGUGCACCUGAACGACAUGUACGCCCCUCCAGACUACUCCAGCAGCCUGGCCCUCCCUCCAGCCUUUCCCACCAUGGUGGACAACCACGUCAGCCACAAUUACAUGGGGGCAAUGGAGCCUAAGCCAGUGUACCCACCGCCCCAGGUCACCCCGUCAAGGUAUUCGCCCGUUCCCCGCCACAUGAUUGGGGAGGAAGACUUUACGAGCAGGGCUGAACCUAUUUACAGUGUCAUCCACAAACCUGGGGAUAGCAAGGCGCCCCAGGCCCACUACAGAGGCUUCUGUCCUUCCCCUGCUCCCCUGUGCCAAGGUCCACUCCCCUUCUCCGGCAGGGAGCCAAGGAAGGUGGUGUUGCACAAGGGCUCCACUGGACUGGGCUUCAACAUCGUCGGUGGGGAGGAUGGAGAGGGGAUUUUUGUCUCCUUUAUCUUGGCUGGAGGGCCGGCUGAUCUGAGUGGCGAGCUGCGGAGGGGUGACCGGAUCCUAUCGGUGAAUGGAGUGAACCUUAGGAAUGCCACUCAUGAGCAGGCGGCUGCGGCUCUGAAGAGAGCAGGACAGACUGUCACCAUCAUUGCUCAGUACAGGCCUGAAGAGUACAGUCGCUUUGAGUCAAAGAUCCACGACCUGAGGGAGCAGAUGAUGAACAGCAGCAUGAGCUCAGGAUCAGGCUCCCUACGCACCAGCGAGAAGCGCUCCCUCUAUGUCAGAGCUCUCUUUGACUACGAUCGAACACGAGACAGCUGCCUGCCCAGCCAAGGCCUGAGUUUUUCUUACGGGGACAUCCUUCAUGUCAUAAAUGCUUCCGAUGACGAGUGGUGGCAGGCGAGGCUCGUCACGCCUCACGGAGAGAGCGAGCAGAUUGGGGUCAUUCCAAGCAAGAAAAGAGUGGAAAAGAAAGAGCGAGCUAGAUUAAAAACAGUCAAGUUCCACGCCAGGACAGGCAUGAUUGAGUCCAACAGGCAGCCAGUUAAAGUGAAGCGCAAAAAAAGCUUCAACCUCUCACGCAAGUUCCCGUUUUACAAGAGCAAGGAGAAUAUUGUGCAGGACUUGGUGGAGUCUGAACAAUGCCUGACAUCCAACACAAGUGACAGUGAAAGUAGUUCAAAGGGUCAGGAGGACAUGAUCCUUUCCUAUGAGCCAGUCAUUCGGCAGGAAAUCCACUACACAAGGCCUGUGAUCAUCUUGGGCCCAAUGAAGGACCGAGUAAACGACGACCUCAUCUCCGAGUUCCCCCACAAGUUUGGCUCAUGCGUUCCCCAUACAACCCGUCCGAGACGAGAAACCGAGAUCGACGGCCAGGACUACCACUUUGUGGGCUCCAGGGAGCAGAUGGAGAAAGAUAUUCAGGAUAAUAAAUUUAUUGAGGCUGGCCAGUUUAACGAGAACCUCUACGGGACGAGCAUCUUGUCUGUCAGAACUGUGGCAGAGCGGGGGAAACACUGCAUCCUGGACGUGUCCGGGAACGCCAUAAAACGACUGCAGCAAGCACAACUUUAUCCGAUCGCCAUCUUUAUAAAACCAAAAUCCAUUGAAGCUCUAAUGGAGAUGAACAAGAGGCAGACGUACGAACAGGCCAACAAAGUCUUUGACAAGGCAGUUAAACUGGAGCAAGAUUUUGGAGAGUAUUUCACAGCUAUUGUCCAGGGUGACUCGCUAGAGGAGAUCUACAACAAAAUCAAGCUAAUCAUCGAGGAGCAGUCCGGGCCCUACAUCUGGAUUCCCUCCCCAGAGAAGCUCUGAGCUCCCUGCCAUCCCACCUGCAUCGGUGCAGAGCUCCCCUCCUGCCUCCCAGAGACCCCACCCACGCUCACACGCCCACCCCACCCCUCUCCUCACCUCCUUUUUGCACAUAUGUUUCAUAUCCAGUUUUAGUGUCAUCAUUAUGUUACUCUCUAAAUGAAAAAGAAGUCUUUAUCACCAUUACUGUGACUGUGCACACCCCUGCAUGAGUUUCUCAACAAAACCAUUCAAGACUGGAAUUGCCGUUCCAAAGGAAUUUGUCAAACGAAAGCAAAAAGGGAAAAGGAAUAACUUCCUUUUGUGGACUUGGACAGCCUGGAGAUCAGUGUGUUGUGCAGAAAUCAGGAAGGAGGA